AUGUCAACCACCAUUGAUAUCCCAGAAUCAAGUAAAGUUGCUAAAGGAAAAGCUGUGGCAGUUGCACCACCAAGGCCAGGAGGAUGGAAAAAAGGGGUAGCCAUAAUGGAUUUCAUUCUAAGGCUAGGUGCCAUAGCAGCUGCUCUUGGUGCUGCUGCCACUAUGGGAACAAGUGAUCAAACACUCCCUUUCUUCACUCAGUUCUUUCAGUUUGAAGCUAGUUAUGAUAGUUUCACUACUUUUCAGUUUUUUGUUAUUACAAUGGCUUUAGUGGGAGGCUACCUGGUGCUAUCCCUUCCUUUCUCUGUUGUUGCCAUCAUUCGCCCCCAUGCAGUUGGACCAAGGCUUUUCCUCAUUAUCUUGGACACUGUGUUUCUCACUCUAGCCACUGCUAGUGCUGCUUCAGCUGCUGCCAUAGUUUACUUGGCACACAAUGGUGAUCAGGACACGAACUGGUUAGCCAUAUGCAACCAGUUUGGAGACUUUUGUGCACAGACCAGUUCAGCAGUUGUCUCAUCCUUCGUUGCUGUUGUUGUCUUUGUGUUGUUGAUUGUCAUGUCUGCUUUGGCUAUUGGGAAGCCUUGA